AUGCGCCACCACCACCACUCACCACUCACCACUCACCAACCCCCAAGACCACUGGCAACCUCCUACGUAGUCACCACCACCACUAGCGGACACCACAAGCGGCCGCCCAGAAAAAAAUUCCCCGAGUAUCCGAGCCGUGCGUGCGUGCAUGCCGUCACACUUCCCGUCCCAAUUGACUUUGGGCCUUGGCAUGCUGGCCAUGUUCCAGACCAGAUGGGCAUUCUAAGACGCCGGCACGCACCACCUGUACAUAGCAGCGUGGGCAGGGCAGUCGAAGUGGGGGAGUUCCGCAUUCGGCCGUGA